AUGCAUUGUCGCAGUAUCGACGUCGGACUGCAUUCUCAAUUCGAUAUCGAAAAACUGCCUGAGUAUCGCCCAGAUCCGCGUGGUAGCACCAGCUUCACGCCGCAAUUGGAUGAGAAGACGUCGACUUGCAGCGUCUACGUCCCAGCUUUACCAGGCAGCACCUUCUGGAUCGAAUAUGCUGUGUCGCCGCCAGUCCCCGAAGGGCACUAUUUCCUGUUCAAGCUGUACAUCAACGGCGCGCACGUCGUGAGCUGGUCGACGGGCAAGGAUGAGGAAUGGCAGGGCAAGACUAUGUUCGGUCUAUUCGAGAGCCCCGGGGAUGACAGCGAUAAGAAAAAGUUCGAGAAGCGGGUGCUUUGCUUUACAACAAAAGACGACGUAGAUGCAUUCGACGAGACCGCGCGCGUCGAGAUAAGAGUACAUCGUGCACAUGGACGGAAACGAGUCGAACGACAGGCAGAAGAGUACAAGGAAACGGAGCACGCAAAGACUGAGACUGGGAUAGGCCUUGUAAACGCUGGGCCUGCGGGACCACAGCAUCCGAAGCGCUUUUACAAAUUCGCCCUCAUCGACCCUAUCGAUCAGCCUUUUGCGACAUUCCGAUAUUACUGCCGCAGCUGGGAUCAACUGCGCGAUUUGGGGCUGCUUGAUCACAAUCGUGGUGUUGCUGGCGAAGAGAACGACCUCCCUGUGAUAGAGCCGAACGAAGGCGGUGGUACCGAUGAAACCAUCGAGGGCAUAAGGGCCUGUAGCGCCAUGAGCAGGGAUUCGGAAGAUGUCUUUCAGGACUGCAAAGACAACUUUGAUGGACGAGCCGCGAGUGCUACAGGCAUACGAGGACAGACUAGGAGUUCGUCAAGCCCUACUCGAUCCACAUCAGCGGGGAGGCGGAACCCCUUUACCCACAGAGCGUCACUACGUCUGGUGAGCGAUACAGAGCAGCCACGCGCCUACAUCCCACGCGGUGCACCAGGCCCGAAGGCAGAUCUGGCAGUUGAUCAUGUAGGGGAGAAUGCACAACAGCGCCAUGGCAUUGUCCGCACACCGACCCCGUUCUACCGGCUCUCCAUACCACCGUCUAUCAGACUUGGGCCGCCAGAACCAGCUUCACGGCCUCUUACUACGCUUCCCAUCAAGAACGACUUCGAGACAUCCACGUCAUACCACCCGCAUCCUGCGUAUCCACUCGACGACUGGACUGUGCGCACUCCCAGCCCCGUCAAAUCGGUUCGGGACGGCAUAUCCACUCCGCCGCCGUUCAAGCGCAGAGAGCAAGGUCGGUCGGCUUCUGCAUUGAUGAGCGUGAUUGCAUCUGCUUGGAAACGUCGAGGAUCACAGACGCCAGAUGAAUCGCUGCGAACAGUCGCCACGGAAGAUGCGCAGAGGUUGCUGUGA